AUCCGGUAGCAGGAAGUGUAGCGGUUAGAGUGAUCCCAGUGGUCACUACAUAAACGUGACGUCCAGUGUUGUUGUACACAAUUGUUUCGGCUCGCUAGAGAAGUGACAUCCUUCACGAUGGCGCAGACGCAGCCGCAGCCGGAGAAACGAAGCCUAUGGCGGAAGUUCACGGACUGUCUGGGCACCAUCUCUGUGGAGCCCAUCAUGUUGCUUGACGGACUGGCCUACUCCAACAUGGUAGUCCUCGUGGAAAACCUUCAGAUGGACAAAGUGUGCGAAGUUAAUCUCAAUCAGACGCGCGAAGUGUGCGGGAAUCUUUCUCAACAUAAAGAAGUUAAAGACAGUAUGAGCAAAGAAGUGAGUGUGUUCGCUAUGUACAACGGGAUCAUCACUGCUGUCAUCCCUCUGUUCUUCAUCUUGUUUAUGGGUGCGUGGAGUGACAAGUAUGGCAGGAAGGUCCCCCUCGCUGUCUCCACCAUCGGUCACCUCUUCUACAGUCUGGGGUACUUGGUAUCCUCCAUGGUAGAUACGUGGCCGGUGGAGUACCUGCUGGCCGUGGCACUGCUCGACUCCCUGGGUGGCGGAACAGUAUCUUUCCUUACGGCCGCUAACUCUUACAUCAGCGAUGUCACGUCGGAGGAGAGCAGAACCUCUCGGGUGGGUCUGGCUAACAGUAUAUGGUUCCUCGGGGGACCCAUCGGUACACUGAUUGGAACUUACAUAUACAAAGCCGGCGGAUAUCAGGUUCUAUUUGGAACGUCCUUAAGCAUGUACGUGGUGUCCUUAUUUUACAUCUCGUUCUUCCUGCCUGAGAGUCACGGACCCUUCGCCAACGUGCAGAAACUGGAAAUUCUGCCCCCUAAACAAUCUCUGCGUCUCCGAGAGAGUGUUGCCUGGGUGUACGGCAUUGACAAGGCCAACAAAAAGAAAGUGAUGCAGACGAAGAGUGUCCUGAAGAGGGCAAAGAGUAUCACCUUCGGCAUGAUGUUGAGGGACUUCCUCAACCCCAGAUUCAUCGACAGCUUCAAGUGCACACUGAAGAAGAGGGAAGGUAGUGUCCGGGUGUACGUCCUGCUCCUGAUCCUGUGCAACAUGUUGAGGAAACUCGGUCGAGGUGCCUACAUGUACCUGUUCACCCGCCAGGUACUUCACUGGCAGGCCGCCGACUAUGGUCUCUGGGUCACUUACAAGAAUCUGCUGGCAACGCUAGGGUCACUCGUGGCUGUACCGGUACUGAGUGCUGGGAUGAAGGUGUCAGACAAUGUGCUGGCCAUGGUGGGGGCCUUCUCCUCAGUGUUCGACUAUGUGCUGUAUGGCCUCGUCUCUCAGGAUACCUAUUUCUUCAUGUGGCUUGCUCCCGUGGCCGCCUUGCUGGUCAACUCUUGCGCUAUUGCCAUCCGGGCCAUGUUGUCCAAAUACGUGGCCGCCGACGAGCUAGGUAAGGUGUCGGCGGUACUAGGGGCGCUGGACGGGGUGAUGCCGAUGAUCAGCUUCUCCCUCUACACCGCCGUCUACCACUCCACCGUCGACGUCUUCCCAGGAGCUCAGUUCUUCUUCGGUACCUCCGCUAACAUCCUCAUGGUCGUGAUCUUCAUCGUGGUGAUGGUGAGUGACAGAGGCGCCAACUACAGUGUGGAGAUGGCCAUCCCCGUCACUCCUGAAGGCCCCGUCAAGGAGAAGAGUCUCGUGAUGCGUAAAGACUCCCACUGGCUCAUAGAAGAGGAUAAUAAGAGCAAGAUUCGCCUGUCCACCAUCCUGCUGUCUACUUUCAACUUCAGCAUCGAGGCCCCUAUGAUAGAGAGUACCUUCAGCAAGCCUCUUGAAACCAUCAAUGAGGAGCCGGAUGAGGAGGAGGAGGAGGAGGAGGAGCAGGAGGAGGAGGAGGGUGAGGAAGAAGGGGAGAGGAAGCCAGAGAGAGAAGAAAAUAGCAAUUCCUUCGACAAUGUCGCCUUCGAAAACGGAAACGAAAUCUAGUGUUUAUGCUCAAACAUUCGUGUUAUAUGUUAAUAAUAGUGUAGGUAUUGUUUAUAAUGAUGCCUUAUGUAUGUACAAAGAUGUAUGGUACUAGAGACGCACGUGUAACAGCAAGAGCUCUUUAACUGCUUAGGCGAGGCUGUAACAGCUCUCGCGUGCACGACUCGGCUUAACAAUAGGUUACUGCACAAUCUCUGCACUAUGACGUGCUCUGAGCAUCAACCAUGACAUUAUCUGAUCAUGAUCACUGGCAGCCUGACUGAUCUGUGAUCAUGAUUGUAGACUAUUUCCUGUAAAUAUAUCAUUAGAUGUAUUGUACGUUAGGAUUAGUAUGCAGUGUUUUAGUCUUACUUGACGGGAACAUACACAAGUUAACCUCAACAGAGACGUAUAGGGAGUUCCUUAUAUAGUACAGCGCCAUCUAUUGGUGGUGAGGAACACCGCCUUCUGUUUUGUGAACUUGUCGUAGGUUCCCGGCGACGGGUGCUCUCUAGUAGUGACCCACACCUGCUCCUGCCUACACUCCUGGGGUGUACUGCCUACACUCCUGGGGUGUGCUGCCUACACUCCUGGGGUGUACUCCCUACACUCCUGGGGUGUACUGCCUACACUACUAGGGUGUACUCCCUACACUCCUGGGGUGUACUACCUACACUCCGGGGUGUACUCCCUACACUCCUGGG